GUCAGUAUAUUUACGGUAUAUUUUGAUAUUUGUGACGUAGUUCGGUAUUGAGGGUCAGCGCCGCUUGGUUUUGCAUCGCGCCGCGGACGAAAUAAGUGAUAUUUUCGACCAUUAAUAAUUGUGUUUGUUUUAUUUUUGGUUGAAUCAUUAAUUAAUUAAUAGCUGUAAAUACGAAAGAGCAGCAGCAAAAGCAACAAACAACUGUGUCGCGGCCGUGGCGUGAGUUCAACUUUUUUUCUUGUGUGUGUUUUAUGCUUUUUUUUGUCUUCUGGGGAAUCGUGCAUUUUGAAGAGCGAAAGGAAAAAGCGAAAAGUGUUCAAAAGUGCGUCUGUCGUUAGCGAGAAGGGGGCGGUUUCAGUCAAACGAAGAGUAAAAAGACAAAAAAUAAAAUUAGAGUAAAAGCAACGGUAUAACAAAACAAGGAUCGGAGCAGCAACGGCAGUGAAAAAAAAGAGAAGCAAAGCAGCAGGCAGUCGCACGACGCAGACGACGAUCAGCAGAGAGGAGCGGCAGCGCAACAGGAACCACCUCUCUCUCUCUCUCUCUCUCACACUCUUGUGCGCUCUUUCUCCCGCUCCCCAGAUACGGAUACAGAUGCCCGAAGUUUGCUUCAAAGACAGUGCUUUCCACCAAAGAUCGUACUACUCCAUUGGGGAUCCAUGGGAUAAGCAGUGAAAAACUUAUUCUAGGGAAAGUAAAUAUGAUAAUAUCCAGCGCUACGAUGGGCCUCGUGGCGCCAAAGCGCCGUUUAUUUGCAACGCAUCUCAGACGCUAAAAGCCAAAGAGAUAGAAUAAUAAUAGUAGGAGCCGCAGUCGCAGCGGUGGGCCAGUGCCAGGGCCAGCACCAGCACCAGCACUCCCCCCCUUCCGAACGCCACCCGCCCCCACCCACAAAUGAGGAGGGGUGGGCAACGACGGGCCAACAACAGGUUGAGGAGCACAUACAUAGGCAAAAGCCCACAACAAAAUCAAAAGCAAAUGCCAGAGCAAAGGCAAAGGCAAAAGCAAAAGCAACAAAAACACGACAAAUAGAAAGAAGCAGACAAAAUAAAACAGAGAAAACCACCAAAACCGCAAAAACAACAAGCAGAGAAGCCACCGAAAGAGAGCGGCAGACCAACCGACCGACCGACCGACCGACCGACCGACAGGACCGACCGGGCAGGCGUGAGAGUAAAAGAGGGAGAGAGUAAUCCAAUCAAAAACCAAACACAAACGCAGCAGAGCAGCAGCAGCCGACCGGCAGCGACAGCAAAAUGUUACAAAACUCGAACGCAGCUGCAGCGGCACAGGCAGCGGCGCAGGCUGCAUCGGCAGUGGCCGCACCAUCGACUGCAGCAGCAGCGACAGCAACGGCAGCAGCAGCGGCGGCAGCGGCAGCAGCAGCAGCAGCGGCAGCGGCGGCGGCUAAUAAUGCUGCAAUUGCCGCCUCAUCCAUACAACCGAAGCUGAUUGUCAUACGAAGGCGUCCGUAUCAGGGCUUCGGCUUUACGCUGCGUCACUUUAUUGCCUAUCCACCGGAAGAUGAUGGCAACGCAGCAGCGGCCGCUGCGUCGGCCGGCGUCACCAGCUGGUCACAGGAAGCAUCCACUGGAGGUGGCAGCAACAGCAACAACAGCAACAGACACAGCCACAGCGGCAGCAGCAGCAGCAAUAGCAACAGCAACAGCAACAACAGCAACAGCAACAGCGCUGCUGCCGGAAUGGAGCCGCCACCAACAUCACCGACAUCGCUGCCGCCAUACCAGGUGAAAGCGAUGGAGACCAUUUUCAUCAAAGAGGUGCAGGCGAACGGACCGGCCCACUAUGCGAACCUCCAGACGGGCGACCGAGUGCUGAUGGUCAACAAUCAGCCGAUUGCGGGCAUUGCCUACAGCACCAUCGUUUCGAUGAUCAAGCAAACGCCGGCGGUGCUCACGCUGCACGUUGUACCCAAGGAAUGCGAUGUGCUACAAAUGCACUAUACAAGCAUUGCCCAUACGCCGGAAUCGAAUCGGUUGACAAUGUCAACGCACUCGCCAUCGCACGGGCAUGGGCAUACGCUGCUGGCCAAUGGAACGAUCAAUGCCUCCUCCGCCGCCGCCACCACAAUCCAAAAAUCCACAUUUCCACAACAACAACAACAACAGCAGCAACAACAACAACAACAGCAACAACAGCAGCAGCAACAGUUGAUCUCAUAUCCCGCUGUGGCUGCCACAUCAUCGCCGGCAUCCUCGCCGCAUCAGCAUCAGCAUUCACAUACGUAUCCGCAUUCGCAUUCGCAUCCGCAUCCUCUUCAAUCACAUCCUUCACAUGGACAUGCACCGCCCCUGCAUGGCGGUAGUCGAUCUGCCAGCAUAAGCAGCACCACCAGCGGAGGAGUCGUCUCCAUGAGUCAUUAUCAUCAGCAGCAACAACAACAACAACAGCAGCAGCAGCAGCAACAACAACAGCAGCAUCAUCAUCGUCAUCCGGCUCUCAGUGGCGGCAGCAGUAGCAUUGAUUUCGGUGAUAUGGCCCUGGGCCUGCGUCAGCAUCCGCAUCAGCAUCAGCAUCUCUAUCAGCAGCAGCAGCAUCAUCAGCUGCUCUCCACCGGCGGCGGCAGCAGUGGCGCCUUCAUGCGUGCCAAUCAACCGCCGAAUCUAACAGUAUUAUCAGGAACAGGCUCGAUCACGGCCACCUCCUCCAGUCCCACGCCCAUUUCACGCCAAUCAAAGUCCGGCAGCGCCCUAAAUCAGGCCCUGUAUGUGAGCCAUGGCUCAGCCCCAGGCUCUGGUGGUGGCGGUGGCUCUGGCGGCGGCGGAGGCGGCGGCAACGGUGGGGGCAGCGAUAACAGUGACCUGAUGAUCCGGCUGAGGGAGUCCAUCAAGCAGAAGGAGGAGUUCCUCAAGUCGCCGGUGCCCACCACCAUCAGCUCCUCCUCCACAUCCGCCUCCGGGACCAAUGGGAAUCAGGCCCAGUCGUCGCCAGCUCAGCAGCAGCAGCCGCAGCAUUUCUUUCCCUCGCACACUCCGCCGGGAGUGGCAGCAGGUGCUCCCAUCGCCCCACCGCCACGCGGUCGCCAUCAGGUGCUCAUGAAGCAGCAACAACAACAGCAACAGCAGCAGGGAGUCGCCGGCAACUUCGACAUGUACUAUGCAGGCGGAAAACUAGUGCAACGUUCCUCGACGGUGCCCAUACAGGCAUCGUCCAGCUCAUCCACACAUUAUCAUCACAUCACCCAGCUUCAGCAUCAUCCCCAGUAUCAGCAGCAGCAGCAGCACCCCCACCACCCACAACAACAACAGCAGCAGCAGCAGCAACGCCAGGUGCAGAUGAUCAACAACAAUGCCAAGUAUUCCAAGGACUUGGACUACUUUGAGACGCUCCAAGAGACCGGAGUGACCAAUAAAGUAUUCGAACGCAAACUGGUGUCCCAUAUGUCAAUGGGUUUCGAUCCUUUCAAGCCUCUGUCGAUCAAUACCAGCGCCUUGGAGGCGGCAUCGGCAUCCACGAGUGCAGCGGCAGCGGCGGCGGCCGCUUCGACCGUGAAAAAGCAGAGUGUCCUGUACGAGUCGCUGCAGCAGCAUCCGCUGGCCAAGUACCAGCAUCAGCAACAGCAGCAACAUAGCACCAACACGGUGGAUGGACAGACAAACAGUCGCAUGGAGCUGCACAAGGCGACGCUGGCCAAUGCCACCAUUGAUGCCGCCGCCCCACCGUUGGUGGUUAGCAAGUUUAGCGCAAUGACGGAGCAGCAGCAGCAGCAGGCAGGGGCCACCUUGGCGGACAUUUCCGAGAGCAGCAGCGGCAGUGGCGCAGCAGCAGCAGCAGCCGCCGCCAGUGCUGGCAGCUCGAGUGCUGGUGUGAUACGACGCUAUAAGCCGCUGUCCUCGAGCUCCUUUGACGAGGGCAAGCCAAUGCGCCGGAUCUCCUAUCUGAGGGCCACCAACAACGAGACCGAAUUCAAUCCGGAUGCAGCGCCCGCUGGAGACGGUGCAACAGCAACAGCCGCGGCAGCAGCAGCAGCAGCAGCAGCAACAUCUGUGGCCACAGUUUCGAUACCAAUUCCAGUUGCAAUUCCCAUUGUGACGCCUGUGGCCGUUGUUGAGCCACAAAAGACCAAAUCCAUGGUUGAGGAACAUCCCGAUCCCACCUACGAUGUCAUUGGGGGCACAGGCGGUGGCCACGAGUUCAUCGAGACACCGAACGGCCUCGAGGAUGUGCGUCUGUCGGCCCAUGGCAGUAGUCGCCGGGCCUCGAUGAGCAGCGAUAUGCGCAGCAGCAUCCACAUCGACGCCGAGCUGAAUGGCAAGUAUGUGCCCAACGAACUGGAGGCCUUUGAGACGGAAAUCGAAAUUAAAUCGUCCUGCAUCAAUGGCAAGCGCAUGUCCGAGUACCGUUCGUGGCGUCAGGUGAAGCUGGAGAUCAAGGGCGAUCUGCUGCGCAUCUUCUCAGGGCGUCACGCCAAGUCGGAGCACAAUGUGAUAGAACUUGAUAUUAGAAACUUUAAGUUCUUCGACGAGUCGCUGGACAAGAAAAAGUACUUGAUCCGCAUGCAGUCAAAGCCAUCGCCGAGCGGUGCCCAUUUGGCGAGUCUCGGGAACGAGCUCAAUCUGGACGAUGUGCACGACAAGUUGACCUCAUCGGGCAGCAGCAGCGCCAAUGAACCAAUGGCCGCCUCCUGCAGCAGCAGCACCGGCGGGCCCUACACGGAGAUACUCUUCAAGACAAAGAACAGCAACGAGAUGAAGCGACUCUUUGGGCUGCUGCAGUGGAAGGAUAGCCUCAACUACGAUGACAAUGAGCAGCCGCAGCAGGGCAAACAGUUGGCGGAACCACAGAAAACGGUGGCCACGUCCAGCCACUAUCUCGACGAUGUGGUGACUGGUGGUGCCGGCGUGGAUAGCUCCCCGUUGAGCUCACAUUCGGGUGGAGGCAUGGCGGAGCACCACCAUGUGGCCGCCUUGCCCGCUGCCGCAGCAAUUGUGGCCGCCACCAGUGACUCUAUAUCGCCGGUGAUGAAGGCCCGCAAAUCGUCCUCCCACAAGCAUUUGCCCGACAAGGAUCUGGGGUCGCCCAAGUCCAAGAACUGGAAGGAUUUGCUGUUCCGUCGAGGCGGCGGCAGUGGCAGUGGCGGAGUGUCCCACCACCAUACAGAUCUGGCCUCGCCCUCGGCUUGCGCCGCGAAGACCUGCGGCUCCAUUGGGGUCCCACUGCGCAGCUGUCCGAUGUCCAAGCUGAAUCCGUAUGUCCCCCAUCUCGUGGAGGUGUGCACCAACAUUGUGGAGACCAAGGGCCUGAGUGUGGUCGGGAUCUAUCGGAUACCCGGCAACAAGGCGGCCAUUUCGGAGCUCUCGGAGCUGGUGAACACCAAGGACUUUCAGUUCGAGAGCUGUGCCAUCGAUGUGCGAUGGGAGGAUGUGAAUGUGGUGAGCAGUCUGCUGAAGCUCUUCAUCCGGAGCCUGCCCGACGCCCUAAUGCCGGCCAGCUACUACAUCAACUUCAUUGAGGCCGACAAGAAGGUCGGCCUGGAGCGGAUCGUACUGCUGCGGGAGAUAGUCGAGUCGCUGCCCCGUCAUCCGUACGAGACGAUGAAGCAUCUGAUACGCCAUCUGUGCCGCGUCAGCGACAACUGUGAGGUGAACCGCAUGGAGCCCAAGAAUCUGGCCAUCAUCUUUGGCCCCUCGAUCAUACGCACGCCCAACGACACCCUCGAGACGGCCGUCAAGGACAUGAAGCACCAGUGUCGCAUCGUUGAGCUGCUCGUUACACAGUACGAAUACUAUUUUGAGGGCGGAAAUCUGCCGGAUCUGGCCGAUGUCAGUGGUGGGACGGCCAUGGCCAGUGCUGCCCAGCCGCAGCAUCAGACGCAGGAGGAUCAGACGAACAUGCUGCUGCACAAUCUAUCGAAGAUCGAGAGGAUCACAGAGCGGGAGACGCGCACCUCCCGGUUCAUUCCACAGCUGCGGCGGCGCACCCAUGGCAAGCGGAGUGCCGUCAACUCGGACACGUAUUCGGGGGAGAGUGUUCUGGUAAGCAGCGGUUGUCCAAGCAGCUCCACCACUAGCCACUCCACCAUCACCACUAGCACCACAACUUGCACCAACCACACAACCAUACAUCAAAGACGACAGCAGCGCAAGGCUGUGCAGAGCAUUUGUGACUUUGCUUUAAUCCUGCCCGCACCUCCCGUUCCUCCCUCCCUUCACUUUCAGUCGCUGGACUACGCCAAGGUCUCGGCCAGCAGCACCAGCAGCAGCUCGACGCUGCACAGCAGCAGCAAGACAACCACCAAUGCCUCCUCCUCCUCCACCACCAGCCAGAGCUACAGCCAGAGCCACAGCCACAGCACAAAGUUUAGCUCUGGCGCCGCGGCCUCGGUCUCGUCCGCUUCGGGUACCUCGACAACAGCCGCCACCAUAAAAGCGGCGGCAGUGUCCAAGGCAUCAUCCGCGGCCUCCUUGAUAGGCACCAAGAAGCGCAGCACCAUGGGCGGCGGUGUGGGGUUCCUCGGCGGGGGCUCUCGCUCGCAGACGCGCAAAGCGAGCCUGGACGAAAAGGACUCUGGAACGAGCGUGGACUCGGCCGGCAGUAUGGCUUUCAGCCUCGGCCUGGGUCUGGGCCUGGGACAUGGCAAGGAACAGCAUCAGCAGCAGCGGAGCAGCGUGGACAUAUCCAUACUCCUCACCGACGACGACUCCAGCAGCAGGCUGAGCGACACAGGUUCCAUGUCACUGACUACCAUCACGGAUACGCUGGACAGCAAGCUGCGGAAUCUACGGAGCGGCUCCGAGUCGAACGACGAGAAUGGGUCGCCGGAAUUCCCCAAGAAUCGCCGGCAUACGCUCGGCCAGCCGCUGCAUCUGCACUCCGAGAACAUUCCCUAUGCGGACGAGUCGCCCGAGCGUCUCUUCCAUCAGUUCUGCCCCCUGGAUGCCCCCCACUCGCUGCACCUGAGCCGCUCCUGCACGGCCACCAACACUUUGGGCGCCGAUGAGAAGCCCUCGACCAUGAAGCAGGCCAUGGCCAUGGCUGGAGUGGCACCGCUGCCGCCCAGCCUCCUGAAGGCAGCCCACAAGCUGCAGCACUCGGCCACGGUGCCCAUACACCAGAUACAGAUACAUCCGGGUAGCGCCACGGCACCGGCCAGCGGUGCUGCAACGCCCACCAGCACCAGCACUGGAGGGGGAUCCACCCCAGUGGCUGGUACACCCACCAACAGUGCUGGCGGAGCAGGAGGAUCACAGCGCAAUUCUGGAGGAGGGAACCUCCCCGGCAGCGGCAAGAAUAUGCACCUGAGAUUCAGCACAUCGCAGGCGUACGAGCGACAUCAUGGCUCUGGUGGUGGGGGCGGUGGUGUGGCCGGCUCCGAGGACGACGACUCGGAGGGCUCGACCACCAGCGAUCCCAAGGAGAAGCUGCUGCUGGCGGGCGAGCGACCAUCGCCAUCGUUUUUUCUCGAGCGCUACAACAAGAAGCGUCGGGACCAUCGGCUCUUUCGCAGCGCCAGCUUCAACUGUCGCAACUACUCGACCCGACACGUGAACAGCAGCAGCAGCUCCACGCCGGUCGGAACGGCAGCGACUGUGGCCACGGUCACGGCCGCCUGCUGUCAGUCACCAUCAUCGGCCCUGGCCACGGGCCUGACCAAGGACGAAAAGACUGACAUGAAUCUGACCAAGAAGCGCCAGAUCCAGAACAAGCAGAAUCGAUCCAUCAAGCGCCGCCACACCGUUGGCGGGCCCCACGACUACUCGGCCAACGGGGGCUGCACCACACACGGACAUGGCCACGGCCAUGGCCAUGGCGGCGGUGCCCAUGGCGGUCACGAUCUGGCCGCCAUCAACUACAACCACCACAAUCGCCAUCACCAGCAGCAGCUGCUCAAGGGAUCCGUUGUGGUUGUCGGCGUUGGCGGUAAUGGUGCCGCCGCUGCCGAGACAACCACCACAACGACAACCACCACCACGGUGCUGCGUCGCCUCGGCUCGGGAACAGCAUUGGGAUCGGUUUCGGGCUCGGCAACGGGUACGGGUACGGGUACGGGCGGUGUGCCUAGCGAUCCGAAUGUGGUGGCAUUGCCAGGCGGCGGCUCUGUUUCCAGCAACAGCAGCAGCGGCGGCAACGGCGGCUCCUCGAACAGCAGUGCCAACAACAACAAUUCGCCACAAAGCGAUGGCAGCAAUGGCAAUGCAGCAGGUGGGGGAGGCGGAGGUGGAGGCAAUGGUGGUGCCUCCAAUGCCCCACCAUCAUCCGGAAGCAGCAGCAACAGCAGCACUCCCACCAAUGUGGUGGCAGCCUCCGCUGUAGGAGGAGGAGGAGAUCAAGUCCUAGAGGUGGGCAUUCGCAUCAAGAAUAUCAAUCGCGGACGCUACUAGAGGAGCGGAGCAGACGAUUUGGAGCUUACAGCAGCAGCAGCAGCAGCAAAACACACAGUUUAAAUUAGUAUUACAUAAUGGUUUAUAUAUAUAUAUAGAGAGAUAUAUAUGUAUGCAUAUAUAUGUAUGUUGUAUGUAUAUGUGUCUAUGUCUAUGCAAGGAUCGAUGGGGAGUUGUGUGCGAAAGUGAGAGUUGGUUCGCACAGAGUACACGACUAGACCGACUCGAAAAGUAGACAAGAGUUCAAAGGAGUCCUUUCUAUUUAGAUCUUAGAUCUGUUGGGCACUCUAAAUGAAAGGACGAGCGAGACACAACCCCCAAACGAAUGUAAAACCACACAAAAGAAAUCCUAGAUAACAAAAUGUUUCAGGAGAAUCGAUUAUAUAUUUAUUCGCACACUCAAACACACACACAAAACAAAAUAUAAAUAUACUACAUACAUUAUAUGGGAACCGAGGGACAAAACAGAACGGAGAGCGGAUAUACGGACGGAAGAAACGACGCACGAGGGGAUAUACAGAGACAGCGAUAGAGAUAGAGUUAGCGUUAGCGUUAAAACGAAAGAGACAGCGAAAGAGAACGUAAGUGAGAGGGAGGGAGAGAGAGGAAGUGGUUGGAGGGAGCUUGAGAGAUAACUAUUUUGUAAACCGUAUACACAGUACAGUAAAAACCAUACGCAUAAAUAACCUUAUAGUGUAUACAUUAUAUAUAUACUACUAUAUAUAUAUAUAUUUGUAACGUUAUCAUACAUAACGAAUGCAACAAAUUGUUAACCAUAUACACCCACACACACGCAAACACACGCAUUAUAAUACAUAUAUACCUAUGUGCAUAUGCAUAUGUAUGUAUAUAUGCAUGCAAAAGACGUAUAUUAUAUGCUAUUUGUCGCCUGUCUGUCUGUCAGUCUUUGUCGUUUUUUUUUGUAUUUAGGAAGAUUUUGUGCCUCCGCCUGUGCCUGUGCCCCACCCACCCACUCGUUGUCUCCCAUUCGUAUGUUUAGUUUUUUUUUUCGUCAGCAUGUAUGUGUGUGUGUACCUGCUAUAAGAAAUGAAAAAAAGAAAAACGAGAAUUCAGUGCAUAGAACCCAUUUUAGGUGCCUUAAAUAAUUUGCUUUAACAUUUUGUCAAAAUUGUGGUUUUUUUUUGUUGAUUUUGUACAGAAUUUUGGUUUGGGAUUAGCGAAAAUUGUAUUCGAUUUAGUUUUUCGAGAGUCACAGAUGGUGCUGCGCAUGAGCUGAUUGUGCAAAAUGGAUCAGAUUUAUUUUAGAUAUAUAUACAUAUACAGAUAUAUUUUGUAUAUUCCAACCUCAGGCAGGGAUCCUUCCCCGCUACCCAGACAGGCGACAUUUGAGCAACAAUAUAACAAUAUAUUUCGUUCAAAAUUAUGUAAAUGACGACUUGAGGUAAAGCGAGUAUUGUACGUUUUUCGCAUAAAUUACUACAUAUUUUUUGAAAUACUUUUUGUGUGGUUUGUAUAUGAUUCUUUUUUUUGUUUGUUUUUUUGAUAAUGAAAAGAAAAGAAAGAAAGUAUGAAUAAUUAAAAACAUUAGCUUUUAGUUGUGUGUAGUAUUACAUACAUAUACACACACACACACACACAAACACACACGCAUUGUAUAGUAUACUAUAUGAAUCCCCAAUUAACAGAUUAUUUUUAUUUAAUUUUUUUUUUUGCUGUAUAUACAAAUUAUUUUCAUUUUAAAGUUAUGAUUUCAUUCCUCCUUUUCCCCCCCAUAACAUA